AUGCAAACCGAGAGAUUGCCUCUGCCCAGGAUUCCUGGCCCAAAGCUGGAGCCAUUCCGAGGCACCGCCACUGCCGACAUCGAGUUCAUUGCGUUCAUCGGCAAUGAUGAGGACAUGGAUUCUAAGGUUUGGAAGGUCCGUAUCGAUGGCAAAGUCUUCGCUCUUAAGAUUUUUCCCUUUCAGAACUGGGAGUACCUGAAAGAGGCUGAAGGAUUUUACGUAAUACCGCGACGCUUCGAUCCCUUGGAACGGCCUGAACCUACUCCGCAGGACUGGAUAGACUACUUGGACCCGUUCAACUGCGAGUGCCGGGUCUAUGGACGACUCAAGGAGGAAAGUCGCGAGGAGCUUGCCGUCCGAGCUCACGGCUACGUAUUUCUCUCAAAAGCCCAGGAGAAACACAUCACCGACGUCAUGGGCGAGUGGGUGGACUGGGAAAUCCACCCUGAGCCUCUGAGCUGCAGUGGGCUCUUCUGGCGUUGGGAAGCUCAUCGACACCUGCCGCUGAGGGCUAUCGUGAAAGACUACGUCGAGUCCUCGGGGCCGUGGGUUGCGUCUCAAGUUCCGCAGAUGUAUGCUGACCUCGAGGAACUGCACAAGCUUGGUAUUCUUGUGAGGGACAUUCAUCCGGGAAACUACCUCAAUGGAAAGCUUGUCGACUUCAGCAUGGCCUGGACCAUGUAUCACAUCUGCAUGGAUCGGGCCACUCCGGCAGGGGUCAAGGAAAUGAGGUACCUGGAACCCCUCAAGUUUGAGAACAUGGUUGAUGAGUGGGCGCAUUGGUACCAGGAGAAGAUCGAGAAGCCGGAGGGACUGCUUGGCCGGCACAGUAACAAAGAGGAAGAUUUCGGAUUCGACCCCCGACUGUACAACUGGCGGAAGUGGGUGGAGGUUGAAGACAAGGAGUAG